AUGAAAAGCAUCAGAUUGGUGAUCGAUAGCCUUGAUUCCGAACGAAACUGGCAGGGGGUUCCUCAGCGGGCCACCAGUCCAUUAUUAUUUCAGCUAUUCUCCGACAUAUCAUUCGUAUGUUUUGCAUUUUUCAAUUGUGUCUGGUCAACGGCUUAUUUGGAAUCGUGGAAAAGGAAACAAGCUGAAUUAGCCUUCAGAUGGGGAACAUACGACAGCAAUUGCGAUUCCUUUCUUCAAGAUCCACGACCGCAAUUUCGGGGAGAAUCCUUCGCCCCGAAUCCGGUAUCGGGUCGGAUGGAGCCGUUCUAUCCACCCUGGAAGCAUGCAAUUGUUAGAUACGGUAUAACUUAUCCAUUGACGGUAUUCUUUGUGAUAUGUAUGUUCGCUGCAAUGCUCAUUGUCUUCCAAGUUCAAGAUGCGGCUGAUUUCUAUUUCGGGUCAAGUUUUCUUCUCUCAUGGAUCUGCUAUAUGCCCAUGAUCGUCUAUGCCUUGAUGAUUGUGAUCAGUGACAAAAUUUAUCGUCAACUAGCAUUGUUCCUCAAUGAUCUAGAGAAUUAUCGAACCGAUGAUGAAUAUGAAGACUUCUUAAUAAGUAAAAUAGUAAUAUUUCAAUUUGUCACCGCUUUUGGAUCGUUAUUCUACAUCGCUUUCUACUUGAAAGAUAUGAAGAGACUUCAAGAGACCCUAGCGACUUUGCUGAUUACUAGGCAGAUCACUCAGAAUGUCAUGGAGACGGCUGUACCCUUCCUGAUGGAAAAGGUGAAGCUCAGUCGACUCGCCUAUAAAAUGACCAAAAGCAUGAGUGACUCAACCCUUCGAAGGCAUGUCGAAGAGGUGCGGCGAAAAAAUGAGCCGUCUACAAAGGUGUGUUGUAAAGUAUUCUUCACCGGACCAGUCUUUAUUGUAGAGCUGUUUCAGAGCUCGCCUACUAGCCUUCAAGCCUACUUCACUCUUGGCUCACCGACUAGUGAGAAAGGGAUCAGAAAGAGAUUUUCGCAACGGCGAAUGGCUGGAAAGGACAACGAACUACAUCUGUAUUGUACUCAGCAUAUUAAUAAUCUCACCCCCAAGCAUACAUCUGAAGAUUUCUAUCUUCGCUCGCCACGCUUACCGUUGCCAGAAUUCAAACCAACAGACACAGAUGGUCCGGAACUUAGUCAAGCAGAACUGGAAAGUCUGAUGGCAGUCUACGAUCGUCCCCUCGAUGACUAUCUUGAAAUGUUUAUCCAGUUUGGCUACGUCCUCCUCUUCUCCCCAGCUUUUCCGCUUGCCGCUUUCUGUGCCGUGGUGAAUAACGUGGUUGAAAUUCGUGUGGACGCCUUCAAACUCUGCAACACUGUUCAACGGCCGUUUGGAAGGCAAGUGAAGGAUAUUGGAGCUUGGCAGAAGGCAAUGGAGCUGCUCGGAAUGGUUGGUGUGAUGGUGAACUGCGCUCUCAUUGGUCAGUCUGGAUUGGUGCAACGGAUAUGGCCAGAUUUGAGUUGGGGUGGACAGAUUUUGAUCGUUGUCGUACUGGAGCACAUUAUACUUGCGUCAAAGAUCUUCAUCGAUUUGGCAGUUCCAGACGUUCCGUAUUGGAUCCGAAUAGAGACAGCUAAGCAGGAACACUACCGGAGGGAAGCAUUCAAGCGAGAAUCCAGAAUGUUGUCAUCGACCCGGACAAGCUGUGAUUCUUCACCCAGCAACGAUGUGUUCGAUAUGAGGCAUCGUUCAUUGGCUGAUAAUCGUUUACAACGGCGGAGCGUCACACCGGCCUGUCGGAUAAGUGUCGUCAGAAGGGAUCGAGAUAGUCGGGACAGUAACUGUAUCGAUGAUUAUUGA